GGCAUGAAAUGCUGAUUUGGAGGGUCUUUGCACGAACUAUGUGCGGCAGGCAAAGCUCUCCUCUGAAGACGGCUGCUUGGAAGGAUUUUUUGUCAGUACGUGGACCACAUAUAUGGGGAGGGCUUCGCCAACCUGAAUAUUCGCCAGUAUAAGCCAAGCUGCCAAACUGUGACUUCGAGGGUGUCCUUAUUUAUUUCGCAAUUUUGUCUGAUUAUACGUGUUUUUCCUGCUGAUGCUCACUUGCUAAGACGUGACGUUGUGAGAUAUCGAGGCUCAGGUAGCGAGAGAUGUGCGAGACAGAGAGCAGAAAUUUAAGGCUUGUCAAUGGAUCUCUAGAGAGUCUUAGUCUACGAGUCAUGUGACACCUAUGUUAUUGGUAGUUUCGAUGUAAAAGUCUACCAAGACACUACAAUUCGCCAGUAAUUUACCUUUCCUCGGAUCAUGGCGCCAACUAACAAAGCCAGAGCAGCAGGUGUUAGCGCGAGUUCAUUCUUCGACCUAAAAGCCGAAAUCGCAAAAAAAGAAGAUGAAUUUACUCGCGCCAAAGCUGCAGGAGGCAGUAAAUACACGGUGGGAGGGGUCAAAAGACCCGACAAGAAACCGACUGUAUGGAGUCGCUCCAAUAAAGGUGUCCAAAAUCGCGCGCAGCGCGAUAUAGAACUAGAAGAAGUCAGUAAGGUGACUAUCGAGUCUGGGCGGGCCGUGUUGGAGAGGAAGGCGAAAAUCUACGAGAAACUGCGGAAGGGGAAAUCUGGUGGCCUUACUGAGAAGCAGUACGAGGCUUUGCUCGUCGAUUUCGAUUCUCGAGGACCUGGUGAUCAGUUUGAGUCGGACAGUGAUGAUAUGGAUGAAUCAUUGACGGUCCCUCAACAGCCUCAAGACGAUGAUGACCCAAUCAUCGAGUACGAAGAUGAAUUUGGACGACAACGAACAGGACGGAAGUCCGAAGUCCCUCGGCACUUACUUCCGCGUUCUGAGGACACAGAACCAAUACCGGACGAAGACAAGGACGUCAUUUAUAAUCCUGUCAAUUACUUCCCAGUAUUCGAACCUUCCGCGGAGCGCGUCCAAGCAGUUCAAGACGCUUACUCAGAAGACAAUAAUCCACUGUCUUCUCACUACGAUGCUUCAAAGGAGGUCCGUGCUAAAGGUGCUGGGUUCUAUCAAUUCUCUGCAGACGAGGAGACGAGGAGACAAGAAAUGGAAGAACUGCGGUCAGCGAGGGUGGAAACUGAGAAGACAAGACAAGAUGCUGGAGCAGUGGAUCUUAAACCGGGAGAGGUGGAGGGUAUGCGCGACAAUAUCGCCACCGCAGGCGCAUCGAGGAGCAGGGCGAUGGAGAAGCGGAAGAGGGACAUCGAGGAAAGACGAAAGAUAUUAGAUGCGAAGCGGAGGAAGGUCAAAGGUGACGAAACUCCCGCAGAGCCCGAUACUCCAGAAGCUGUGACGUUAGAGGCGCAGAACACAUCCGGACUGUCUGCGGCGCUGGAAAGGCAGACAAAUGACACUCCAUACCGACACAAGGGCAAAGGCAAGCAGAAAGGGACUAACGACUCGAUACCAAAGACAGAGGCAGACGACUUCUUGGCCCAGUUAGAGCGGGAUAUAUUAGGAGGUCGUUAGUUGCCGCUUAUCGCUUUGACUUUCGCGACAAUAUAAGGUUAUCGUAGACAUCCAGAUUACUCCAGGACAUGACCAGGACCAACAUGCCAGCCACUUACGCCACUCUUAUGGAGGAAGGUGCUACUACCAAGUGAAGCUUUGGAUCACCCACAACGCAAAGUUCGUUGGAAAUAAGACUCUCGCGCUCAUGACGUUCGAUUGAUGUACGUACUUUUGUGCA